CAACAACAGGAAGAGAAGUGUGGCGCACACAAAUGAUGUCACUAGAAGAUGAAGGGGAGGGGUACUAUCUUAAUUCAGGCACCGUGGGCAGGCUUAAGUGAAUGUUGUUCUAGAGUGGACACGCUUACUUUCAGAUUCUAAUAAUGACUGGUGUGGAGGACAGUUAGAAAUGUGUGAUAAGUGAGUUUUAAAUACAAAUUUGAUGCAGGAAGCAGUUACAGGGCAUCCGCCAGCUGAGCAAUGUAUACAGUCAUCUUCCUGACGAUUUGCAGGGACCAAAGAGAAGUUUGAGACAACUAGGAGUCAACAACAUGUUGCUGAAAGGCCUUCUUAUCAUGCUGCUGCUGGGAACCAAUUUUGUUGACUGCACAGAACAUAAGGGGCACAUAUCUGUUAUUCUUGUAGGAGCCACUGGAGACCUAGCAAAGAAGUACUUGUGGCAAGGACUCUUCCAUCUCUACCUGAAUGAAGCUGAUACUGGGCACAGCUUCAUUUUUUAUGGAGGUGCUCUUUCACCCCAAGAAAAGGGGGAGGGUGUAAUAUUUGAUGUACUAAAGUCUCUUCGCUGUCCUGGGGAUGUCACACCAGACAGAUGUGCUCUGUUGAAAGAUCAGUUUCUCAGGCUCAGCCGUUACAGACAACUGAAGACUGCUGAGAAUUAUACAGCACUGAACCAGGACAUCCAAAAUACAAUGUCAGAGGAGGGACUACACGAGGCUGGGAGGUUAUUCUAUCUGUCUGUGCCACCAUUUACAUACACUGAUAUUGCUCGCAGCAUAAACGCCACUUGUCGACCACUGCCUGGUGCUUGGCUGCGUGUUGUCUUAGAGAAGCCAUUUGGACAUGAUUAUGCAUCUGCACAACAACUGGCCACUGACCUACAGCUGUUCUUCAAAGAGGAUGAGAUCUAUAGAAUUGAUCAUUACUUGGGAAAGCAGACGGUUGAACAGAUUCUGCCUUUUCGACGACAGAAUAGAAAGCACCUAGAUCCCAUCUGGAACCGAGAACAUGUGGAGCGAGUGGAGAUUGUUCUAAAAGAAACUGUUGAUGCAAAAGCACGCACUAGCUUCUACGAGGAAUAUGGUGUCAUCCGAGAUGUCAUCCAGAACCACCUGACAGAAAUCUUGACAUCUGUAUCUAUGGAAGUACCACUUAAUUACAGCAAGUCAUAUGAUGCCCUACAAGCAAAACUGGAGGUCAUGAACGCUCUUCAAAGCCUUGAUCAUAGCAGUGCUGUCAUUGGCCAGUAUCAGAACUAUCUUGCGCAGGUCAGAGAGGAGCUGGAAAAAAAUUCAAAUUUCUUCACAAACACACAAACCUUUGCGGGUGUGUUGGUUCAAAUAGAUAACACUCGAUGGGAAGGGGUUCCAUUCAUAUUAACAUCUGGAAAAGCCUUGGAUGAGAGAACUGCAUAUGUUCGUGUUCUGUUCAAAGACAAUUCCUUCUGUCUUCAGAAAGAAACUAAUGGAGAGACUGACAGAACAUUUUGUAAAAGGAAACAGAUUAUUUUUCACAUUGGGCAUGGGGAUUUAGGAUUCCCUGCUAUUUUAGUUAGCCGUGGGCUUUUUAAACCAAAGUUUCCCUCAAGACAUUGGCAAGAAGCAACAGAGCUUCCCUCCCUCCAUUUGUUUGGGCAGCCUCUCACUGAUUAUUACGUGUACCGUCCUGUAAAAGAGAUGGAUGCAUAUUCUUUACUGAUUUCUAAUAUAUUCUAUGGAAAGAAGGAAACUUUCGUCACAACAGAAAAUUUAUUGUCUUCUUGGACAUUCUGGACUCCACUCCUGGAAAUUCUGGAUAGAGAGUCACCUAGAGUGUACCCAGGAGGCAGAGAAAAUGGACAGUUGCUUGACUUUGUAAUAGAGAAUGGUGGUUUGCAAUUUGCAGCAGUUGAGCCACUGGAAAUAAUGGGCAUGGAACAUAAGUCAAGUUUUGCUUCUAUCCAUUCUACCUUUCUUGGCAAUUCAAUGGUGUCCAACUGGGCUGAACAACUGAUAGAGAAGCUUGCACAGGAUAUACAGCUGGCAGCUGAAUCUGCAGUGCAAAAGUCGGGAGUCUUUCACCUUGCUCUCUCUGGUGGUUCCACCCCAUUGGCUUUGUUUCAGAGGUUAACGAAGCAUCACCAUGGGUUCCCAUGGAAACGCACCCACUUAUGGCUUGUUGAUGAGCGUUGCGUACCUUUCACAGAGCCAGACUCUAACUUUGGCAACAUUGAAAAGUAUCUUUUGCAGCAUGUGAGAGUACCUUAUAUAAAUAUUCAUCCCAUGCCAGUAGACAGAAACCAAAGAAUUUGUUCAGAGGAAGACCUUGGCACAGAGGUGUAUACUAAAGAGAUUUCUGCUCAUGUUAGCAAUUCCAGCUUUGAUAUGGUGCUCUUAGGCUUGGGCAGUGACGGUCACACAGCCUCCAUAUUCCCAGGAGCACAGGAUGGGAUUGAAGGAGAUAAAUCUGUGUUGUUUACAGAAAGCCCUGGGCAACCUCACCGGAGGAUGAGCUUAAGUCUUUCUCUGAUCAACAAAGCUUGUAAGGUUGCAGUGCUAGUUCUGGGAAAAGGCAAGCAUGACAUUGUUACACUAAUAAGCCGUGCAGAAAGGAACCCUAUGAAAUGGCCAAUCUUUGGUGUUAAUCCGACUUUUGGAAAGUUGGUGUGGUACAUUGAUUAUGAUGCUCUGUUGAAGUAAAAUUUACCAUGCUUGUUCUGGUCCACCGAAGUGCCUUUUCUGUGCCCUACCAGAAAGAUGUGCUAGGUGAAGGUACAUUUUUAAUAUGUUAUGGACAAGAAGUGAUUUGCUCAUAAAUAAAGCAUUUCUAGCCCAUUCUCCAGCAAAUCCAUAUACAUAAAAAUAUCAUAGACCAGCUAUGCCACAGCUCUUGCAUUAGCCUAUAUUUCCCGGUGUCCUAAUCUGACCAUAAUCGGAAAGAUAAAUAGACCAGCAUUUACUUCUACUGCACAACUAUCUCCAUAAAACUGUUUUUUUAUUUAUGUAGAUGAUUCUGUACUUGUUUCAAAGUCUAGUGACGUAAAAUGGUGAAAAGAACACAAACUGUUUGGAGGAGAAACAAGUAAGGCCAUAUGUAUGUUAAUAAUUUGCUGUGCUUUAUUUGCCCUCCCUGCCUCAGAUUUGACCUCAAUAAACCUAUUAAAAUCGCUUGUACGAGAGGAAAAAAUGCCUGAUUUUCAGUGCGUCUUUUUCUCUAUAUUUUCUUUCCCUGUUAAUGUUAUUUCUCAAAUAUAAUUUGUUCAUUCUUCAUCUAGUCACUGCCAGUAUUUUAUUGCCUUAUUAGAUUACUGAAACCUAUUCCAAUGACUACUUACAGUAAAAAUGGUGUCACUGAGUAACUGGAAGAUUGUAGGUAAUGACACAUAGGUGCAAACGUUUCUUAAAUAGCCAUAGUUGUAGCAUUUCUGAAACACUGAUAUGUAUUCCAUGCAUAAUAAGGGAACAGGCAGCUUGUUUAUCUGCAGGAUUUGUUGCCUUGAUAUGGAUGGGAUACUUUCCAGUGCUAAAUAUAGAGUAACCAGUGACACAAAAUCUUUCUACUUUUGUAUUGCAAAUGUGGCUAUAACAGGCUUAUACACAUGGAUGAAAUGGUUACACAUGAAGUCUACUUCCAAAAGAAUAUCUGCAAACGAAAUCCCUGUUGCAAUGUGCAAUCUGUGAAUUUAAAGGGAUACUGUCAUGGGAAAA